CCAGGCAUCGAGUACAACCUUGUGCGCGUCCCCAUGGCCAGCACCGACUUCUCCGUCCGCUUGUACACCUAUGCUGACGCAGAGGGUGACUUUGAGCUGAAGCACUUCAACCUGACGGAGGAGGACAUGCGGAUGAAGGUGAUCCCCGCCCUCAGGGCAGCCCGGGCAAUGCCCAAGCGGCCGCUGUCCCUCUACGCCAGCCCCUGGACCUCCCCGGUCUGGAUGAAGACAAACGGCGCGAUGACGGGGAGGGGGACGCUGAAGGGCAGCCCCGGGGACAAGUACCACCAGGCCUGGGCCAAGUACUUCAUCCGGUGAGGGGCUGCGGAGCACGGGACGGCGGGCAACGCGCCCCCGGCUGGAGAGAUCAUCUUCUACCCCUUCCAGUGCCUGGGCUUCUCCCCCGAGCACCAGCGGGACUUCAUUGCACGGGACCUGGGCCCCGCGCUGGCCAACAGCUCCCACCGUGACGUCCAGCUCAUCAUCCUGGAUGACCAGAGGGUGAUGCUGCCCUACUGGGCCGAGGUGGUCCUCAAAGACCCCGUGGCCGCCAACUACAUCAGCGGCAUCGGCAUCCCCUGGUCCCUAGACUUCAACCUCAACAACUAUGUGACGGGUUGGACCGACUGGAACCUGGCUCUGGACAUGAAGGGGGGUCCCAACUGGAGCAAGAACUACGUGGACAGCCCGGUCAUCGUGGACAGCAGCAAGGACAUCUUCUACAAGCAGCCCAUGUUCUACCACAUGGGGCACUUCAGCAAGUUCAUCCCCGAGGGCUCGCGGCGCGUGGGGCUGGCUGUAUCCAAGAGGUGCACCACUGUGAGCCACCACUGUGAGCUGGAGCAUUCGGCGUUCCUGCGCCCCGACGGCGCCGUGGUCCUGGUGGUCCUGAACCGCUCUGCCGUGGACGUGUCCUUUGGGAUCUCUGAUCCACGGGUUGGCUUUAUUGAGGCCACGGCUCCCAGCGACUCCAUCCAGACGUUCCUCUGGAAGCAGCCAGCCUAG